AUGUCGCGUUCCUCGGCAGGUUUUGCGGAUUUCUUUCCAACUGCACCGUCAGUUCUCCAGCAAAAACGGUCCAAAGCAGCCCGGGACCGACCUCGACCUCAAUCGCAAUCUCAAAUACAGAGCGCCCAGGGCGACCAAGGAAAUCCCGAUUCUGCAGGGGCAGUCCCUUUUGCCACGCAUGAUGACGGUUCUUCGGAGGCGGUUCAAGAGGUUUCCGCAGGCCAUGGCACCGAGAAGUCUACAACCUGUACCAACGCGGGUGUCUCAUCUUCCACUCACAGCAGGGCUACAACAAACUCGCUUGAGGUGCAUCCCGAUACACUCACGCCGGUCACGACAACUGACUUGUCCCCCCCUCGCAAGCACAGCUCACCUCGCGUCAUUCCCAAUGGGGCUGUUGGAGAGGAAGUCAUUGGAUCAAAGACAGAGCACCCGAAAUCUGAGGUAACUCCUCUCCAAGCACCCCCAACGCCAAAAUCGCAAAGUUAUCCGAAUGGAACUGUUAGUGGCUAUAAGUUGAUCUACGAUCCCGAUACCGACAAACGCCUCCAGAAGGGAAAACACAAGAAACCACGCUAUGUGGACAUCAUAACACCCGAACCGAAUCAUUGCCCACCUGACCCUCGACUUAGUAUACCAAAUUAUAGACGGGGCGCCGGCUGCAAACAAAAGCCAAAAUUCCGACCAGCACCGUACACCUUGAAACCUUGGCCAUUUGACCCCUUGACAAGCAUAGGCCCGGGUCCUCCGGUUCAGAUUGUUGUCACUGGUUUUGACCCUCUUACACCCAUCACAUCGAUCAACGCCCUUUUCUCGAGCUUUGGGGAAAUUGCGGAGGUAAACAAUCGGACAGACCCUAAUACCGGCAGGUUUCUUGGAAUAUGUUCCAUCAAGUACAAAGACAAUGGAUCCUUUCGCGGGGGUGGGCCGGUUCCUGGAGUGAGCGCGGCAAAGCGCGCUUAUUAUGAAUGCAAGAAGGAGCAGCGAAUAGGAACACGCAGAAUCAGGGUCGAGUUAGACCGGGACGGAAUCGUCUCGGAGAGGCUUGUCUCUAGAGCCGUCGAUGCGCAGAGGCUGGGACACAAAAGUAAUUUGCACACUGUGGAAGAGACAAAACCCGAACAACAGACGAAACAAGAACCUCCGCCAAUGGCACCAAAGGGCCCUUCAGGUCGAUCCUCCAUCCGACCUAUCCCGGUGGUUCCUGAAGGACCCAAAGUGAACUUCAUAAAACCUGCGGUUCCGUCACUAGUUGAGGAUAUCCCAAUCCUGAGUCAGAUCAAGCGCGAUCCAUACAUUUUCAUUGCGCACUGUUAUGUUCCAGUUCUCAGUACCACCGUGCCGCAUCUGAAAAAGAGACUCAAGUUAUUUAGCUGGAAAGAUAUUCGCUGCGAUAGAACAGGAUAUUACAUUUUAUUUGAGAACUCUCGACGUGGCGAAGAGGAAACUGAGCGGUGUUUCAAAAUGUGUCACAUGCAACCAUUGUUCACGUAUAUCAUGAAUAUGGAAAACCAACCUUACGGGAAUCCCAACUACGAGCGCAGUCCCAGCCCUGAACGCUUCCAGGCAGAGAAACGCGCGAGAACGGAAAGGGAGAGGCUAAAGAAAGAGGCAGACCUCGAUGUCGAAGAAGAAAAGAAGCAACGUGCUAUUGACCUCGACCCUUGCAAAGAGGUGCUUGCCAUCAUCGUUCGUGACCUCAAGGACAAACUUCUCGAAGACGUGAAGUCGCGCAUUGCUGCGCCGGCCUUAUACGACUAUCUUGACCCAGCUAGACAUGCAGCUAAAAGGAAGAAGCUGGGGAUUGCAGAACCAGAUGGCAUUAGGAGGCCGCUUUUCCGAAUUGACUUUGAUAGCCGACUUGGGACGCCUGAUUCUCGUUCUGAAUUAUCGAAAGCUGGGAGCCCAUUCAAUGCACCUGGUCUCAAUGUUCUCGCGCUUCCGCGAAUCAGGAAGGCUCGCCGUCUUGAUUCUACAAAUACUGCUUUCUUAGAUGAAAGGCGCAAGCAACCGUUGCGAAGGAAAGAAGUUCGGCCACUUUACCACAGGCUGCAACAGUUGCAUGAAGACGAUGACUCGGAUGAUGAACAGAGAAAUCCAUCAACCAAGGACAUUGAUGAGCAAGAAAGUCGCCCCCCCAGCAGGAUGAGCUCAAGAUCGUCGGAGUCCGACGACGGCGAUGGAUACAUUUCAACGUUUUUGGAUGAGUCGAUUGCGAAGAAUCUAAUACCCGGAGCCGGAAUCUCGGAAUCUGGUGAUAACGAUGACACUAUCCAGGGUGAAUCGUUCGCUAUGUCUAUUCAGCCAGACAGUCGUGAGCUCUCUCCAGCCUCGCGUAAGAGAAAAAGGCUAAGCGAGGAGCUUAUAGCGCGAAAACGACAAAAGGAAGACACGGAAAUCUUUGGUGACAGAUCUACGGUCAACGUGGAAAGUGAACACGCUGGGCCAAUCUCAACACUACAUGGGGCCGUUGUUGAUAGUAAUAUGGCGACCGAAGAGGACCUCGAUGCGCUACAGAGUCUCUCGGCCCAGGGAGACAAGGAUUGGCGGAACGAAGCAACUAAGCCAGACCCAACACUGGGGAGCCUGCAAGAUAUUGGCAUUGAUUCCCCUCUCUUCCUUAAUGGGCGUCGACUUCUGUUAGAUCACAUUGACGAAGCCGGCACAGAGCGACGGGAGGAAACAAAAGCAGGUGUUCAGUGGAGCGUUUCAAGCGAUGAACCUCGGUCAAUUGUCGAAGAUGAUGAAGCAAUAUUCAUGGACCUUGACGGUUGGCAGGAUCUCAUCAAGGACGAAGAAGACUUACGCUUCCUCCGAGACGUCUUGAUCGAACAGUCAAUGACCAAUGUUGGAAGCUUGUCGGCAUGGGCAUGGCGACAAAAAGAGAUCAAAGCACUCAAUGGGCCUGGAACUGUGGGCCCUGUACAUGAGGGAACGAUCAUUCAUGGCUAUUAUGUGUCCAAUCCAACAGGCGCAGCUCGAACCGAAGGUCGGAAAAGAAUCCUGGAAUCCGAGAAAUCCAAAUACCUACCACAUAGAAUCAAGGUUCAAAAAGCACGCGAGGAGCGUGAGGCGAAGGCGAAGAAUGAUCCACAUGCGGUAGCUGCUGAGGCAGCAAGGGCUGCGGCGGCGAAGACUAUUUCCAAGUCGACAUCCCGGUCAACCAGGGUAAAUAAUCGUCGUUUAAUUGCCGACAUCAAUGCUCAAAAGCAGGCUCUCCCCACUCAAAGCGGUGAUGGUGACGUUCUCCGUUUCAACCAAUUGAAAAAGAGAAAGAAACCUGUGCGCUUUGCUAGGUCUGCCAUCCACAACUGGGGCCUCUAUGCCGAGGAGAACAUAACCGCGAAUGACAUGAUCAUUGAGUAUGUUGGCGAGAAGGUCCGGCAGCAAGUCGCAGAUAUGAGAGAAAGGCAAUAUUUGAAGAGUGGAAUUGGCAGCAGCUACCUCUUUCGAAUUGACGAAAACACGGUGAUUGAUGCCACCAAGAGAGGGGGUAUAGCUAGGUUCAUCAAUCAUAGCUGUACACCUAACUGUACUGCCAAGAUCAUCAAAGUUGAUGGAAGCAAACGCAUUGUUAUAUAUGCUCUUAGGGACAUUGAAAGAGAUGAGGAGCUUACAUAUGACUACAAGUUUGAAAGAGAAUGGGAUAGCGAUGAUAGGAUACCAUGCCUCUGUGGCUCUACUGGAUGUAAAGGCUUUCUCAACUAA